AUGGACGCCACUACUGAGAGCCAGAAGGGCGCAUCAUCAAUCGAGGAUGCUGGAGUGGCAGUGAAGAUGGAAGGGCAAGUCGGCGGCGACGAAGACUCUUGCCCAAUCGCGAAGAACGCGGCCCUUCUCGAGGAGUUGGACGCAGCCGAGGGCAAGGUUGCGGAGCUGUUGGAGGUCGCCGCCGACGCGCUGGACGAGCUCGCCGGGGUGGAGUCGUUGGAUAGCUCCAAGGUCGAGGCUUCAACCAAGAAAUUCUUAGAGUUGGUGUCGUCCGUGCACGGCACGCUGUCAUCCAAGGCGGAGUUGAUUCGAGAUUACACGCCGUAUCCGCGGAGUAUAUACGGGCCGCGCAAGGAGCUCGAGCUUCUCCACGAAAAGGCCCGUUUCCUACGGACGACUCUGGCCGAGUUGUCGAAAGAACAGCCCGCUUCUUCUGCGAGAAAAGAACCGCCAGAGUCGGACUCCCCGCCACAGGACGAUGGGGGUGGUGCUGCUGCUGCAGUGUGAAACAUUGUGUACGUGUGUCCCAUGUAAUAUUCGGUGCGGUGAGCGGAGGUAGUGGGUGUUGUUGGCAGCGGUGCGGCUCCCCCCCCCCCUCCCCCCCAGACGCCUGUAGUCCCACGGUAGUGGUGGGGCCCGAUUUUGGUACGUUGCCACGUUGCCUCUAUACCGUUUCAGCAGGUAGUAACCGUUUGCACUGAUCCUCGCUGACAGUAUCUUCUACAUGACGUUUUGUUGGUUGGCGUAACGUAGUUUUAGUGGAUGGAGCAUGUGGAACACCUUGAAUGUUCUUGGCUUGCGGAAGCUUCGUCUAGUUACAUGUUUUGGCUUGUGUUGCCGUUUUCGUGGUUUGUGAAAAUGCUAUAAUUUUCUGUCGUUGAAGAUGUUUCGGUGAUGUUUAAGGACAAUUUAUUAUGUACUGUACCGGUGGUUCAUGAAGUCUU